AUGACUCUCUCCACGUCGACAGUUUCGCACUCCGUAUUUAAUUCUGAGCCCCGAGAGCACUCGACGUUCGACUCCCUCAGAUUGCGAGUCCUUGAGCGAGCCCUGUACUUUCAUCGCUUAAUAGCGUCUCCCGAACCUCUGCUGGAUGACUUCCUGCGACGCCGCAUGAUCCCGUCACCGUUCCCCCGCCACCGUUAUUUACAUCUCCACAUUCAGUUUCGACCGUUUCCCCUAUCCUGUCUUCUACUGGGAGUGCUCGAGACGGCUGUUCGUCCUACUCGUCCAUCCAAUAUCCCAGUAAACAAUAACUCUGCCAAUCUGGCUGUUUUUCUGGAGCGGAAGUGA